CGUGACUCUUUAUAUUCUCCACCUCCCCUGAAAACCAGAGGUGUCAAAAGGGAAGAAAACUGGUGCUUUUCAUCCAUACCCAUCUCUCUCUCUAUUUCUAAACCCAAGAAGCCUUCUCUCUUUGCGAUCUGUAAAACCUCAAUUGAAAUUAAGGAACAGAGGGAGACCCUAUAAGGAGUCUCUCUUUGUUCCGAAAAUGGCUGAAGUGAGGGGUCACAAGAAGAAGAAAAUAUCGAUCGAUCUUUCCGUUUUUGCCCUCACUGAUAACAACACUAACUCGUCCAAAUCUUCUCCUAACAAGUUUGAAGACCCAAAUGGUAAUGGUGUUGGGCUUGGAAUUGUUGCAGCCAUGUCCAAUAAUAAUCACAAUAGUAAUAAUAAUAAAACUGCAAUUCUGGCUAUUUCCCCUAGAUUAACUUCAAACCCAAUCCCAAUUUUGGCUAAUAAUUGUAUUCCUAAGAAGAAUAAGGAGGAAAUGGAGAUGUGUGAAGAGUACACUUGUGUGAUUUCUCAUAAGGGUAACAAUUUGGUUAAGAAAAGGGAAUACUUUGAUGACCAAUUCAUAGGGAAUGGCUAUCGGAAAAAAGCAACUGCUGCCACUGCCGCCUCUGCUCCGCAUGAAGCUUUUAGGACAGCGGAUUUUCUCAGUACUUGCUCUUUUUGUCAGAAGCAGCUUCAGGGGUUGGACAUUUUCAUUUACAGAGGAGAGAAGGCAUUUUGUAGCUCAGAGUGCCGUUGCAAGCAAAUCUCAAUCGAUGAGCAGAAAGACAAGUGUGGUUCUGGAGCCAUGAAAUCGCCCGAGUACUCUGCCUCCCCUUGCUCUGGUCCAAUGCAGUUUUCCACUGGUGUUGCUGUGGCAUAAGUCUUGUAUGGUACGCAAAUCAAACUAAUAAAUAAGGAAACGGUUUUGGAAAGCUAACCCAAUAAGAUUUUGUCAUAAGAAGAUUUAUGUUCAGUUUUGAGCAGGCAAUCUCUCUGUAUGGAAUGUUGUUCAGCCUGCCCCUAUUGAGAGGAAGGAAGAGGGCUUCUUAUUUUUCUUAAACCCAUAGACAAAUUCAUCUAUAAAAAUUAAUCAUUAUUCGUUCUUUC